AUGGAAGACGACAGGCUUUCAGUCUCUUCCCUCAAAUCGACCGAUUCGACUCGUACCACAGAUUCGGUCAAAGACAGAGACGACUACCUCAAGCAGUCUGAGAGACUCUUCAUCCUACAACCAUUUACAGUUGGAGCUCUCAAGAACAUGCGCAAUUACGAAGGUCAGACACCAGCUGGAGACCGCAAAACAGACGUACUCGCAAGAGCCGUCCAGCUCGUCAAGACAAAGACUGAGAUAGUCGACUUCAUUCUUGCAGCUUGCCCAUACAAGUAA